AUGGCCAGGCUUCACCGCUCGAGGCCACUUAGUACGUUACUCGCAGCCCUAUUGCUUGCAGCAAGUUGGAAGGUUGCAUCUCUGUCUGGACCUUGCUCCGUCGUACUGGAGGAGGUCAUGACACCGCCUCCAGAGUCAGUCGAGCCACCAUCCCUCAAGGUCUUGAUGCGUCGCUUCACGCAGCCCGCAUCGAACGAGUUUUGGUACCAACAGUACGACACCAAUGCCGUUGGCGAGGCUUGGCAUGGUUCCCGUCACUGGGUGGAUCGCGCUGGUGUUGGUCAGACUGCUCAAGAGUUGGAGCAGCAGCUGGCGUCCACCCGCAUUGCCGGAAAAAGCAUCAAUGACGGGCGACGACAUGAGAUGCGACUGGCUCGUGCAAGAAAUUUGCGGGAUCUGGAGGAGCGCAUUGCUGCUUGGCGUGAGCGUCAAGAGCCACGUUUGCAACAGUUGGCGAGCCGCUUCUUUGAUGCAAAUGCACUGGGAGAGCGUUGGCACAGCGCUGCAAGCCCAGAGGGCACAAUUGAGGAACAACUGCAGGCUAUGGAGGUUGGGCGUACCAAGGCAAAUGAAGGGCGUCGCUUGCAGAUGAUGCGCAAGAGAGCAGAAGGUUGA